AUGAAAUGCGCUCACUGGAUCAAAUCCGAAAGAUUUAUUAUUUUGUACUUGAACGGGACAAAUAUCACUAUGCAGAUAUAUACUUCUGAAAAGCGUGGCUCCGAUACAACUGGAGACGGAACAGAAAAAGCUCCUCUAAAAACUAUUCUUCAGGCCAUCGCUAAGUUAGAUGGGAAAAUUGAUGCAGAUACGUGCAUCUGGGUUGAUGGUGUUGAAAAUGAAAUGUGGGAUCCUGUAUCUAAAUCGAAACUAAAGAAGAUGAUCAAACAAUAUCAUAUUCAAGAAAGAAAACAUGAUAAGGUGCCAAAGGGAAAAGUUCCACCUGCUGAAAACGGUAAUCUUAGUGAAGCAUUGGAUGUUCAACUGACUUUGGACACAAAAUUACCUGAAGCAAAACAAUGUAAAAUUCGUGAUUUACAAACCUUAUACGAUCAACGUGUACGUGUGUAUGGUUGGGUGCAUCGAAUACGUCGUCAGAGUAAAACUUUAAUGUUCAUUGUUCUUCGGGAUGGUACUGGGUUCUUGCAAUGUCUUUUUUCAAACAACCUGUGUUUAACUCAAGAUGCAAUCACACUAUCACCAGAAUCUACUGUCGAAGUUUAUGGAGUGGUAAAACAAUUGCCAUCUGGUAAGUCAGCUCCUGGUGGCAUAGAAUUAGUUGCUGAUUGUUGGACGAUGAUUGGUAAAGCGCCAGCUGGUGGUAUCGACUCUGUAUUAACUGUGGAAAGUGAUAUAGACACUCAGUUGGACAACAGACAUUUGGUUAUUCGAGGAGAAAAUACAUCGAAAGUGCUCAGGCUCAUCAGCGUUGCUUUGGAAGCUUUCCGUGCACAUUACCUAGAUCGUGGUUAUGUGGAGGUUUUACCGCCGACAUUUGUUCAAACUCAAGUCGAAGGCAGUUCUACAUUGUUUUCUUUGAAUUACUUUGGUGAGAAUGCAUUCAUGUCUCAGUCGUCUCAGUUCUAUCGAGCUGAAAAAAGUAGAACUCGGCGCCAUUUAUCUGAGUAUAAUCACGUUGAAGCGGAAUGUCCAUUUAUUGAUUUGAACGGUUUAUUAGAACGGAUUGAAGAUUUAGUUGUUGAUGUUUGUGAUCGCAUCAUGAAAAAAUCCGGUGAUCUGUUAUUAGAUGUGAACCCACAAUUUAAAAUACCUAAAAGUCCUUUUAAACGACUAAAGUACGAAGAUGCAAUUGUUCAUUUAAAUAAUUUAGGUAUUACAAAAGAAGAUCUUACACCUUUUCAAUAUGGUGAUGACAUUCCCGAGGCUCCUGAACGUCGACUUGUAGACACAAUUGGCGAACCAGUUCUGUUAACUAAUUUUCCUGCUGGAUUAAAAGUUUUCUAUAUGUUGCGAACUAAAGGUGAUCAACGUCUAACUGACUCGGUUGAUCUACUCGUCCAGGCGUUGUUAGAGGGAAUAGAUCCAACUCCUUAUUACUGGUAUACAGAUCAGCGCAAAUUUGGAACUUGUUCACAUGGUGGCUAUGGAUUAGGUUUUGAACGAUUUUGUACUUGGCUUUUAGGCAAAGAUCAUAUACGGGAUGUUUGCCUAUAUCCUCGUUUCAUGGGUCGAUGUCGACCAUGA